UUAUUUCCACCACCUCGAUUAAUUCAAUUUUUUAAAACUUCAUCUUCUAGUAGCUUCCAGUUGUUUCUGGAACCAAAAUUUUUACAGAGAAUAUUGCUUCGAUUUUCCGAAGCAAUGAACGGAAAUGGUGAAAGAGAAAAGGAAGAGGAGAAAAUGGAGGAAGAGAAUGAUGAGGAGAAGAGGUAUAAGGUGUUAAUGUGGGGAUAUCUUCCCGGAGUAUUGACUCAUAAGUCGCCGUUAACUUCUCCGGUGUCUGUUCAGUCGCCAGAGACCGGCAUUGAUGUUCAAUCGUGGAAGGAUGUUUGUGGUGGAGGUUGUGGUUUCGCCAUGGCCAUUUCAGCAGGGUCUGGAAAACUUAUCACGUGGGGUUCUGCAGAUGAUCAAGGCCAAAGCUACUUGACUUCAGGAAAACAUGGGGAGACUCCAGAGCCAUUUCCGAUUCCAACUGAUGAUCCAGUCGUGAAAGCUGCAGCUGGUUGGGCGCAUAUUGUAUCUGUUACAGAAAAGAAUGAUGUAUACACAUGGGGCUGGAAAGAAUGCGUGCCUUCUUCCAAGCUUGUUGCAAAUUUCGCUGCUGGAGGAAGUGUUGAAGGGGAUUCUUUUCGGAAAGAAAGUUCAGUAUUAACUGAGCAAGAGAGCCCUCAGUCUCAAGGCUCCAAGUUAACUGCUAGUUCAGUCGCUCACCAAGAUAAUAAAAAAGCUGAAGAAACUGCAAAGAGGAGAAGAACAGUGACAGCUAAACAAGAACUUGAAAGCCCACCACCUGCUGACGAAUCCCUUUCUGCACCACCUUGUAUUGUAGAACUGGAUCCUGGGGUGAAGAUAACCUCAGUUGCUGCAGGAGGGCGCCACACAUUAGCAUUGUCAGAUGUGGGACAGGUAUGGGGUUGGGGCUAUGGAGGUGAAGGGCAGCUUGGUUUAGGCUCCAGGAUUAAAAUAGUGGCUACUCCUCAUCUUAUACCAUGUCUGGAUAUGUCUUCACAUGGAGCAGACCGGAGUCUUCGGAGUCCUCAAGGAAGCAUUACCCCAGGGAGUGAGACACGUAAAGCUUUGGGGAGCUACAUAAAGAGAAUUGCUUGUGGUGGCCGGCAUAGUGCAGUAAUCACAGAUGCUGGGGUGCUGCUUACAUUUGGCUGGGGAUUGUAUGGGCAAUGUGGACUAGGUAAUACAAAUGACGUGCUGAGGCCAACUUGUGUCUCUUCUCUAUUGAACACUAGAAUAGAAGCCGUGGCAGGUGGACUAUGGCAUUCUGUGUGCUUAUGUGAUCAUGGCCGUGUGUAUACUUUUGGGGGAAAUCAGUUUGGCCAAUUGGGUCUAGGUACAGGCGCAGACCAUGCAGAGGUGCGUCCAAGAUUUAUCACUUGUUUCGUGUCUUUCUAA